AUGGGAUGUCUCCUCACAGUAAUAGAUGAUUACGAUCCCAAAUUUCUCUGUUUGGCCAAACCAGAUAUAAUCUUCAAGUUGGAGCAGGGAGAAGAACUGUGGCUAUUAGAUGAGGAAUCUUCAGGCCAUGCUUACUCAGAACGACUGUCUUUGCUGUGUGGCAACAGUUCAAUUGAGAGUAAUGCCCUUGUGCUGGAGAACAACAUUUUUCGGCAUCAGAGUAUUCAAACUGUGAAUUGAAAUGUUGGUUAUAAUAGAUGUGAGGAAAACUUCCAUGAAAAAACAAGCUUUGUUCGACAUCAAAGGAUUCCUACCAGAGAUAAAAACUUUGAAUGUUGUGAAUGUGGAAAAGUGUACUGCAGGAAAUCUAACCUAGUUGAGCACCUAUGAACAGGAGAGAGGCCCUAUGAGUGUAGUGAAUGUGCAAAGACCUUCAAUGCAAGGUCCCACUUCAUUGCUCAUCAGAAAACUCACACAGGAGAGAGACCCUUUGAAUGCAGCGAAUGUGGGAAAUCUUUUGGCAGAAAGUCACAACUCAUUCUACACUGAAGAACAUACAUGGAAGAGAGGCCCUAUGAAUGUACUGAAUGUGGGAAAACUUUUUCUGAGAAGGCAACCCUCACAAUCCACCAGAGGAUCCACACUGGUGAGAGGCCUUAUAAAUGCAAUGAAUGCGAUAAGACAUUUCAUGUCAAGAUAUCCCUUACCCAACACCUAAGAACUCACAUGGGGGAGAAAUCCUAUGAAUGUGGGGACUGUGGGAAAAAGUUCUGUGCCAAGAAAUCCAUAAACCAGCAUCAAAGGAUUCACACAGGUAAGAAGCCCUAUGAGUGUGGAGACUGUGGGAAAUUCUUCUGAAUCAAAAUGACUCUCAGUAAUCUUCAGAGAACCCACACAGGGGAGAGGCCCUACUAUCAUUGUAGGGAAUGUGGGAAAGCCUUCAGGGUACACUUUCAGAGAAUCCAUACCAGAGAGAAGCCCUAUGAAUGUAAGGAAUGUGGGAAUGCUUUCUAUGUGAAAGCCUGGCUCAUUGAACAUCAGCAUAUGCAUUCAGGAGAGAAACCCUAUGAAUGUAGUGACAGUGGGAAGAUCUUUAGCAUGAAAAAAUCUCUUCAUCAACACAGGAGAACUCACACUGGUGAGAAGCCUUAUGAAUGCCAUGAGUGUGGGAAUGCCUUUUAUGUGAAAGUGUGCCUCAUUGAGCAUCAACAAAUUCAUACAGGAGAGAGGCCUUUUGAAUGUCAGGAAUGUGAAAAGGGCUUCUAUCGGAAAGCCCACCUCACAGAACACCAGAGAACUCACUUGGGCCAAUCCUUGCUUUGUGCAUUGGAGAAAGCUUCUCCUUGAAGAUUCCCUUGCUCCCUCAAACACUGGGUCAAGCCCCCAGGGGCAUCUAAUCAAGCAGAACAUGCAAAGCACAUUUGCCACAGUAUGGUACUUAGACUGAUACAAAAAAAAAUGUGUCUUGAUCUCUUUAUUCCAAUAAUCCAUCUCAUUAUUGUUUACUUUUUUUUGAGACAGUUUAUAGCCCAGGUGGGCUUUGAACUUUUGCCUCAG